GCUGACCUGCACUUCAGCUUAGCGGGGUGGUUUCUCUCAGCCCCAUUCAAACGCCCCACUUCUUUAUUCCUCUUUGGUGGAAGGCAGGAGGGAAUGCCCUGGCAAGGUGCAGUGUGACAAACAGGUCAGUGCCCUCGGUGAUGAGUUCAGAGUUCAGAGUGCAAAUGUAUUUGGAUUCCUGGCAACAGCCUGUGCAUGGAGAACCUUGCUGGAGCAGUGCUGAAAGCUGGCGUUUUGGGUGGUCACAAUUUUGGGGCUAUGAUUCAGUUGUCCCCCUACUGAGUCCUGAUGCUGGCAAGGGUAUUCUGGGGCCUGCCCGAGAGCAGUGUCGUUAGGGCUGAGCUGGGAAUCUGCUUGUUCUGAGCUCGAGUAGACUGAGACAUUCUGACCAGCAAAGUGAGGCUGGGUGCGAUCAGCUGGCGGGUGCCUGGGCUGCUCGGGUGAUGUGCCGUCUCGCUCACGCCCCUGCUUCCUUGGACACUGCUUGCUGUUCAGUGUCUGUUGGGCGGGUCUCUUCCCUUACUUGGAGCCUGGUGAGGUUUCCUGGCUCUUUGCUGCCAUCUUCAGUGGUAAGUCUUUACUUUGACCUAGCUACUUUCUGUUACAGACACAGUGAAACUGGUGCAGUCAUUACGAACCACUCCACCUCCGGACUGACCCUUCACCUGCCCCUGUGGUUUGAGGGGUCCAGAAGAGCUGCCUUGACCUGCUACACACAGCGGGCAUCAGCGGGCAUCAUCUUCAGGAUGGUGCUGGAAGCUGACGAGAAGGUGAUGACACAGCGAGCUGUGAGUUACCUUAGGGGAAAGCACAGCAUGUCUCCCUGCAGUAGCACUGGCAGUGCGGAAGCAGGCCAGUGUGACAGGCCUCAGUGCCAGGCGUGGACGGGGACACUGCUGCUGGCCACCUGCCUGCUGUACUGCAUGCGUUCCAUGCCCGUCUGCACCGUCACCAUGAGUCAAGAUUUUGGUGCUGGCUUCGUGCUCAGCAGCUUCUGGGGCCACUGCCUGGUGCAGGUGGUAGGAGGCCACCUUGGCUCCGGCAUCGGGGGUGGGAAGAUCAUCCUGCUGUCAGCUGCCACCUGGGGCUGCAUCACUGACACUGGUGACGGGGCUGUGAGCUCCCUCCUCCUGGACCGGUGCAAUUGGCAGGGUGUCCUUUACUUCUCGGGUGGCCUUGCCUUGCUCUGGCUGUGUUACGUGUACAGGUACCUGCUGAGUGAACACAACCUUGUCCUGCCCCUGGGCGUCCUGGUGCAAGGCCUACCCCAGGCCACCCCCAAAGUGCCUUGGAGACAGCUCUUCUGGAAGCCUUCUGUCUGGGCAGCCGUCUGCUCCCAGCCGUCUUCAGCAUGUGCCUUCUUCAUCCUGCUAUUCUGGCUGCCCAUCUUCUUCAAGGAGACCUUCCCCCACUCCAAGGGCAGGGUCUUCAACGUGGUGCCCUGGUUGGCUGCGAUUCCCGCCAGUCUCUGCAGCGGGUUUCUCUCUGACCAUCUCGUCGGUCGGGCAGGUUCUGCGUUAACAUCCGGGACCUGGCCCCGUCCUGUGCUGGCUUUCUGUUUGGUGAGGAUGCUGCUCACACCGCAGUGGGCAUUCUUGAUGGCCUGUUCACAGCCUACGAAGCUUCUUUCUUCUGAACCCUGCAAGUCUGAACUUGGCCCUCCCUUGGCCCAGAAUUCAGAGGCCCGAAUUCCCCCUGAGUGCACAGGGUGCUGGGGCCCAUUCAGCCCAGCUCCGCUCCUGCCCUGCCCACAGCACUCACCUGGCUGUGCCUCCCUUAGUCCAGGUGUGGUGGGUGUGUGUCUGGACAGCUACCUGAUUGACACCAUGGGCUCCUGGGCCUGGUUCAUCCUGGUGGCCAUCAGCAGCAGUCUGGGGCUGGGCGCCUUCCUGGUGUUCCGACAGGCCCAGAGGGUGGACCUGAGCUCUGCCCUUGAGGACCUCUAGCUUCCGACCCGCCCGACCCCAAGGGUCCUGAUACCCGCAGCCCCAGGGACAGCAUGCUCCAUUUAAGACUCAGCUGAUCUCGACCUCAAAGUGUAAGCAGAGGACAGAGACCAGCCAGUCGGUUGGCUCCUAAGGGACCCAAACAGCUGGAGGAAGGGGCUGGGCGGAUGCGCAUCAUGAAGGCCGAGGCGGGACUGGGUUCACUGCUUCUCAGUCCCAGCGGUGGGGACGACCCUGCCUCGUCACAGUUGGUGGGGCUGCAGCCUGCCUGUGGGGACGCGUGCCUGUCUGUGCAAGGGCCACAGCGCAGGCUGAGCCUGUCCGUCCCUGACACUCGGCCUCAUGUCUCCAAUGGACGUACUCCACAGUGGAGGCCAGUGACCCAGCUUCCAUGCCAGCAGCACCUGCCUGCCUCCCACCCCUCGUGACAAUGACAAAGGUCUGCAGACCUUGCCCAGUGCUGGGGGCUCCCCAUCCUCAGAGCCACAGUGCCGGGCAAGGCCGGGUCCUGCUCCCCCGCAGCCAGGCUGCUGCCACGGGAGGGCGGGCGGGCUAGAUGCCCGUGACCACCUCUGGAGAGGCCCCUCAAAGCCCCUGAGAGGUGUCCUGGCUCUGUAGACCCCGGCCCCGCCUCAGGCCCUGCCCAGACACCCAGAUGUCAGGGAACGUCGUGCACCCCAGAGCAAGGUGAAUACUUCUCUCUGGCCUUAUCCUGCCACCUCCCUUUUUAUACCAUGAGGAGGAGUUGGUGAUUUCAUGAAUUAGGAGGUUCCCCAAAUGGUAUAUGUAUAUGUAUAUGUAUAUACAGAGAAAAGAAACUAAAAAUAUGGAGAGUCACACCAAAGCUUUAUUUAAAUAACUAUUAAACUAUUUUAAAAGAAGAUUACUAUUUUUUAACACUUGGAAAAAAUCUGGAGAUUUGCACUUCAUCCUCAGCACUUUUUUUAAUAUUUUAUUUCAUGAUAAGUUUUCACUAAGUUGUCCCGGCUGGACUGAAACUUUCGAUCCUCCUGCCUCAGUCUCCCAGAAUGCUGGGAUUAUAGAUUGAGACACCAUGCCUGGCUAACACUUUUCGUUUUAAGAAUAAAUGUGUUAAAUUACGUAUCCCAUUCAUGAUGAAGGCCCUGGGGAGUCAGAACUGGGUCAAAGGAGAAUCCCUAGGUCAAGGACACUGAUGUCCUGCCAUGGCCCCUGUUGGUGUGGCUGGUCCUCCGAGACAGCAUUUGCCUGACUAGGUAACAACUGUUGGCUGUGUACACAGCUUCCCAGAGCCCGGUGGCACCCCAGCACCAGACAGCCGGGGCGCUCUAACAGGACAGGGGUCGUGUUUCAUAUAAGCACCGUUUUCCCCAUGGUCUCAGGUCUUGAUCAAAAAGAAUCUUGCAGCAAGCGUUGGUUAGGACAGGAGACUGGCCUGGGGAGGCUCCAGAUGCCUCCACCCACGUAGUCCUGAGGUUGGGGAGCCCCCAAGGAGUCCCCUCCUACAGACUCCAGGGACAGGGGUUGCCCCCGAUCCUCUCAACACAUUUACACUGUGCAGCUGCCCAUAGAACUGUCAUCUUGCGAAACAAACACAUCCCCCGUUAACUGCUACCCCCUCCCCUCCCCUAGCGCUUCUCACCUCCGAACCCAACUCCUCCAGGGACCGCCUAGAAGUGAACCAGUGUCUCAGGCUGGGUCCUUCUUUCCCUCCACGUGAGGUUUGCAGGUGCACUGUGCCGUAGCAGGUGACAGAACUUCCUUCCUUCCCAAGGCUGGAUAAUAUUCCAUUGUACGCAUGGGCCACAUUUUCUUUAUCCUCUGAUGUAUAUCUGAGUUGCUUCCUCCCCUGGGCUCUCGUGAACAAUGCUGGGGAGAACGUGCGUGUGCAGUUAGUGCCUCUGUCUUUCAUCCACAGCCAGUUGUGAAAUCUCUGAAUAUGAGAGGAAGUGCCCUUCUCCCAGAACUCUGCGUCAUCCGGGGUCUCAAUGCCCCUGAAGCGAUGCGGGUUGCUCCACAUGGGCAGGCCCUGCCGGACACGCCCAGGACCUCAGGCUCCAGUACAUCCAGACUCUGCCUCGUCCCAUGGGGCAGCCCUGGAGGAGGGGAGAGGCACCUGCACUCAGCGUGACCCACCGGGAGGCUGAGCCGGAAGAGCAGCACCUAGAAGUUUGUUCAGCACUGGGUCCUGACCCAGCUCCUCCGGGUCAGUCCCAGCCCAAGCAGCUGCCAGAGCCGGGGCUCUAUGGCUGUCCUGAGGAUGGUGUGGGUGGCAGGACAGCCCCUCCGAGGUGUUCAGAUGGUGAGAUGGGCCCGUGGGGCACAAGGUCUGGCAGGACAGGACUCUUCUGCAUAUCUGAGAGCUGGGCCGGGAGGGCAGCCACGGGGCAGGGGCAGGGCCUCCUGGGCUGCAUGAGCCAAGCGGGUCUGAGCAGGACCUGCAGCCUUCAGCAUGAGUGGUGAGAUGCAGCUUGGCUGCCUUCUGGGGCCACUGCAGGUCCGUCAGGCUAGGAGCCCCAGCCGCGGGCCUGUACAUGCACAGAGCUGACGGGCCAUUGUUGGGGACCACCCUGCCUUCAAUGAAGGUCUUCAGGGGCAGAUCCUCAGUCUCCUGGACCCAGUACCUGGAGCCCAAAGCUCUGAUUUCUGGGACAGAGCUUUCAGAGCCCGCAGUGGUUUCUUGGGCAAUAGUGCUACCCAGACCAGACGAGUCCAGGGACUUGUGUUGGUACCUCUCUCCUACCAGGCCCAGACCCCCAAAGACCCUCCUCGUGCCUCCAUUCCCUGGGAGCAGGGGCUCUGUGAAUAAGCACAGGUCUGAGUGUGCAUCGAUGGACACGCAUGCUCCGUGCUGUGUGCGGUGUUCGCACCGGUGUGGCCCCCAAGCUUAAGACAUGGCCAUUGUCAUUCCUGCUGAGGCCGACAGAGGGCGCCAGGGGACAGGGCUGUGCUCUCUAGGCCCAGAGGAGGCUGCUCCGUGGAAGAGCACCGGCAGAGGGAAGAGCAUGGGUGAUGGUGGCGGCGGAGGAGCGUUCCCCCCUGCUCACUGGGCUGGGGCAGGCGUGAGGCCGUGGAUGCAGCAGAGGCCUGACCCUGGCCCUUGGUCCUCUGGGGCUGCUGUUGUGCAGGGUGGGGUGAGGGCUUUUGUGGGGCCUGAUAUGAAGCCAGAGGAGCCCUCCUGUGGGGUCACUGCAGUGCCCCUCCAUUGGCUAUCAGGGCCGGACAUGUGUCUCCUAACCCCGCCUUAAAGAGAAGAUAAGGAGGCUGCAACCAAGCUUUGGCAGAAGUGUCCACCUGCUGAGGGUUCUGCCUGCUCCUAGGGGUCAAGCCUUCAUUGUGGGCUUGGAUCCAGGCCCGCACAGGCCACAGGGAACAGGAGAGGGAGGGGUCUCGGUGCAGGGCUCCUGGGGGAGCCAGGCCACUCCAGGGUGGUGGGCUGAGGACUCAGCACCCGCUGCCUUGCCGUGGCUUGCAGGAAGGCUCCGGGGUUGCAUGUGGCUUUUGCGAGUCUUAGCCUCUGGCCCUGCUGAGCUCCCUGCUGUGCCUCUGGUCAUUCCCCACAUUCCUGGAGAUCCUGAGCCCUCCUCCCUCCCAGCCCAGCCUUCGGGGCCCAGGGCCUGUUCCUAAGCCCCGGGGGAUCCCCCAUGUAGGUCUCUCCAUGUACCCCACCCCCAUUCCCAGCUCCUAUGCAGGUUGUCCCCUCCUGUCACCUUAAGUGACACCUUUCUGUCUUUUCUUCUAUGCAGGGUUUUGUAGGGUUUUUGGGGGGUUUUUGGUACCGAGGAUCAAACUCGGGACCUUGCGCUUGCAAGGCAGGCGGUAGAACCACUGAGCUAAAUCCCCCGCCCCUAUGCAGGGUUUUUAAUGGCUGCUUUUUAUUCAUUAGUGUGUUAGUGUCCCCUCCACGUCUCUGGGCUGCCCUUGUCUGGGCCACUGUCCCUCAGCUGUAGGGUAACAAUGCCCUGAGGCCCCCUUUUGCUUCCUUAGGGACUCCUGGACUGGGUCCCCUGGAUGUGGCCACCCCCUCACUCGGAACAAUGCCAUUGGUUGUUGGGCCCCUCAGGAGCCCCCUCCAUGCCCUGUCCUGCUGUCUGCCAGGGACAGGGACCAGGUAACCUGUCUCCCCCUUCCAUGGUUCCUGCCAGACAGAGUGGGGGAGGAAAGAUGGCCUGUAAGUUGGAAACACACUUCUGACAGGGAUUUACUUUAUUAUGUUUAAUUGAAAAGCGUUGAAGUCGGGGCAUGAAUAUUCAGCAUUGGAGGCUGCUGGCAGCGAGCCAGUUGCCUGUGGUUGGGACGUGCCCGGCAAGGGGCCUGUCCACGGGGGAGCGGUGGCGGGGAAGCUAUUCAUUGAAAUAGCUUCAUUAAUUAGUAAUUAACAGCAGGGUAAUGACUGUGUCACACAUCGUAUUUCAGUGGAUGCCCUUCAUGUGUUAUGGGGCCUUUAAUUAAAGGAUGUGCAUUUUAAUUAAAGGCCAGCUUGGCCCUUUGGCCCUUAGCAUACAAAA